GAUAAGCAUUCCAAGAUAAAAAAAAGAAAAGAAAUGAACAUAAUGACAAUGUUAUCUAAAAUUAAUUACAAGAUGUUAUUUGAUUCUAAGUAACAAUAAUAAUCCUUAUACAGUACCCUCAUAAUUAUAGUACUAUAUAUAUAUAAAAAAAGAUAUGAAGAUGAUAUGAUCCAAACACAAACCACUAUAACCGACAUCUCAUCCACCCAUUGUUUCAACUUUCAACAUAACAACUCUCUCUCAUGGCAUUGGACCCAGAUAUUGAAGAAAAGUAUGUUCACAACAGCAAGGUCAUGCUAGGAUCUGCAAUUCUUCUCGUUAUACUCAUCCUCGUAAUCAUCCUAUAUCGUUCUUAUGCUCACUUCUGCGCACGCCGCCGCCGCCAUCUCUUCCCUCACACUCUUCCAGCUUCUUCCACUUCCGCCACCGCCCCUGUUUUCAACGACCGACUGGAUCCAACCAUUCUCAAGUCCCUACCGACCUUUACUUUCUCCUCCGCCGUGCACCGCCCCCUGCAAGACUGCGCCGUCUGCCUUUCGGAGUUCGAAGACGGAGACAAGGGCCGUGUGCUGCCGAAUUGCAGCCACGCGUUCCACUGCCAAUGCAUCGACGCGUGGUUCGCAUCUCACUCCAACUGCCCUCUCUGCCGGUCACCGGUUAAACGGGUUACCACGCCGGUUGAAGCGUGCUCGAUUCCGGUUUCAGUUGAAUUAGCGGUUGAAUUGGAAGCUGGUGGUUGCUCGUCGCUUCCUCCGCCGGUGAUGUGCCCUAGGAAGCCGUUGAAUGUGGUGGUGGAGAUUCCGGAAGAGGAGAGAGGGUUGGAUCAUCGGAUUCUUUCGCUGAAGAAGUUUUGCAGCGUGUAGGUGACUACACCGCACUUUCGGUGUGGACUACGGACUACUGUGAGGAGCUUUGUAAUGCAAUUUCACCAAGAUUCAUGAUGACAUGGCAGUUGAUACGGAAACAAAUGAAUUGUUUUCGUUUUCAUUUAAAGUACGGAUGUUUUUACUGUAGAAUGUUGAGUCUGAUCUGAAUCAUGUGGUGCCUCAACCAUUUAGCGCUCGUGGUUGCUACUUGCGUUAGUUGGACACGUCUCUCUUAACAGCGUUCACUCUAGUUGUAUAGAAUUUCAGGACUCUUGCCACCUAAGGAAGGUGCUUCAUCAUUUAAAUAUACAUAUUUCUUGAUAAAAGUCUACUUUUUCUGCUAUCUUAUCUUACUCGAUUAUAUAAAGUGUAAUUGCUUAGGUUGAUAUAUUUGAAUUGAAGCGAAUCCCAAGGAUGAACAUCACAACAACAGUCACAAUAUAUAUCUCUUGUGCAGUGUUAUUAUUUCAUUUGAUGCGAGAAAACAGGGGAAAAACAGGGGAACGGCUGGUACAAUAUAUCUGAAUGGUUCAAUUUAAUUUUACUAUGUACAUAUUUUAGAC